CCGAGUGGUAUUCACAGCUUGGGUGAAUUUUAAAUUAUCCAUAACACAAAAUUUAAAAAAAUCCUCACUGCAUUUAUACGGAUACAGAUGAAAAAUAUGUCCUUGUCGUUCCAUUUCCCAUUCCCAAUAACACACCGCCACGUUUCUUCUUCCUGAUUCUUUUGCUUUUCUUCUUCUCCGAUCACAAUAACUAACUCCUCCUUCAACUUCCUCAACACUGUUACAUACAAUUACAAACACUCAAAUCACACACAGCUUUCAAAUGGCGCAAAAUACUACUUCAACAAAUAUAGAUUCGCCGAGGCGGCGUUCCGGUCUGUUGAGAGAUCAGGUUCAAUUAGUGAAAAAGAAGGAUUCUGACCGAUAUGAGAUUGCGCGGAUUGAAGAGACAUUGGCAUUUGAGAAAGGUUUCUUUGUAGUGAUUCGCGCUUGCCAGUUAUUGUCUCAAAAGAAUGAUGGAUUGAUACUUGUCGGAGUUGCUGGUCCUUCUGGUGCUGGAAAGACUGUGUUCACUGAGAAGGUGCUCAAUUUUAUGCCGAGCAUUGCGGUUAUCACGAUGGACAACUAUAAUGAUGCUAGCAGGAUCAUUGAUGGCAACUUUGAUGACCCACGGUUGACGGAUUAUGACACUCUUCUUGCAAAUAUACAUGGUUUAAAAGAAGGGAAAGCUGUUCAGGUUCCACUAUACGACUUCAAGACUAGCUCUCGCAUAGGUUACAGGACAGUAGAAGUUCCUAGUUCCCGCAUUGUGAUUAUUGAAGGAAUAUAUGCUUUAAGUGAGAGAUUGCGGCCAUUACUAGAUCUUCGGGUAUCUAUUACAGGUGGAGUUCACUUUGACCUUGUCAAACGUGUUUUACGGGACAUUCAACGUGCGGGACAAGAGCCUGAAGAAAUAAUUCAUCAAAUUUCUGAAACGGUUUAUCCCAUGUACAAAGCUUUUAUUGAGCCAGAUCUACGGACUGCACACAUUAAAAUAUCUAACAAGUUUAAUCCUUUCUCAGGAUUUCAGAGUCCUACUUAUAUUCUGAAGUCAACAAGAUCAGUUCCAGUUGAACAAAUCAAGGCUGUUCUACUUGCAGAAUACAAAGAGAUGAAGGAGGAAACAUAUGAUAUAUAUCUUCUACCACCCGGUGAAGAUCCCGAAGCAUGCCAAUCUUAUUUGAGAAUGAGGAACAAGGAUGGGAAGUACAAUCUUAUGUUUGAGGAAUGGGUUACAGACAGUCCUUUCAUAAUUUCACCUAGAAUAACUUUCGAAGUAAGUGUGCGCCUUCUAGGAGGGCUGAUGGCUUUGGGGUACACAAUUGCAGCUAUCCUUAAAAGAAGCAGCCAUGUAUUCAGUGACAACAGGGUGUGUGUGAAAAUUGACUGGCUAGAACAACUAAAUCGUCACUAUGUUCAGGUGCAAGGUAGAGAUCGUUUGUAUGUUAAAUUUGUGGCGGAGCAGCUAGGCUUGGAUGGUUCAUAUGUUCCUCGCACUUACAUCGAACAGAUCCAGCUAGAGAAGCUUGUCAAUGAUGUUAUGGCACUACCAGAUGAUUUGAGGACAAAACUCAGCAUAGAUGAUGAUUUGGUUUCUAGCCCUAAAGAAGCCCUCUCUCGAGCUUCUGCAGAUAGCAGAAACAAGUAUCUCAGCCGUAGUGUAUCACUAUCAUCCGCACAGCAAAGGGACAAGAAUCUGUCUAAAUUGACAAGACUUUCUGUUAAUAACAGAAGGUUUGAGGGAAGAACACCCGAGCCACCUGGCGCGCUUGCAAACCAGGUCAAUGGUGUAAUUACUCAACUUUCUGAACAGAUUGCCACAUUGAAUGAGAGAAUGGAUGAGUUUACAUCUCGAGUAGAAGAUUUGAAUUCAAAAUUCAGUAUUGGGAAAGUCUCAGCUAGCCAACAGAACUUGGCAAUGCAGGCUGAAGCCUGCAAUGGCUCUGGACCCACUUCCGCUUUUGUUACAGGCUUGGGUAAUGGUUCAUUGCUACCAACGUCUUCAUCUUCGUCACAGUUGGCUAGGGAAUCACCCUUAAUGGAGGAGAUUCUACUUAUUGCUCGAGGACAACGGCAGAUCAUUUAUCAGUUGGAUAAUCUGAGUAAUAUUGUGCAUGAAAACUGGGGAGAGAAGUCUCGGCAUGCGAGAACAGAUAGGACAAGCAGAGCAGUAGAUGUUGAUUCUAUUACCCUGCCUCUUGUUCUAACUUUAGCAGUUGGUGCUUUAGGCAUAUUUUUAUUCAGGGGUUUCACAUCUCAAAAAUGAUACUCGCAUUCCGUUGUAUCUGCAAAUUUUUAGAUGCAUUGUCCCUAAAAUGCGGCAGUAGAAAUAGGUUAAAUUUGUAAAUAUGGAACCCUCGACUCGAGGUCAAAUGUAUGCAUCUGUUAUUUAUCUUCGAUAUUCAAAGUAUUUAUGCAAUAUACGAUAUUAAACCUC